AUUUUGAACAAAAUACUCUUGAAAUCGGCCUGGCGCCGUAGAGAAAUACCGAGCAAAUGUGACCAUGGCAUUAGGGUCUAAUACCAAAAACUGAACAGACUACCGAAUAGUCACACUGCGAGGUUGGAUAAUGAAUACCAAAUGAAGCAAGUUGACAAGGACAAUUACGUUGAAUCUCAUAUGAAGAAAGCAGUUGCAGAAAACAAAUAAAUUACUUGGAAUGAGUCGAAUCAAGAUUAUCAAAAGAUGUCACUAUUGCGGCGCCUAAAGAGGACUCUCAAUUACUUGGGGCACAUAAGGGGCUCUAAUCAACUAGUCUUGUUCCUUUGCGUAGUCGCCAUCCUAUUUCUCUUCAACGAAUAUCUGUUAAAACAAACAACUUACCAUAUUGUCCAAGAGAAGAAUGUCAGAUAUCAACGUGCAUCGAUAGUUCGGGCAAAUAAAACUCAUAUCGCUCGGAAGGACGCGCCUGUUGCGCUUAUCCACGAUGACCCAAAUGGUACAAAUAUUGACGAAGCGUAUCUGGAGCCAGAUUUAACCGGUUGGAAAUAUCCUGACAAACGAUAUUACCCAAUAAGAGGUCCGAACGACACGGACUUCUAUUUUUAUUCAGCGUUUCUGGACGAUCGAAUUUCUCCUACAACGAUUCGCUUGAUUGGUUUAAAGGGUCGGAACUUUAAUAACACGGUGUAUUGUCGUUUCCCGCAGCAAAGUGGUAAUGGUCAUCUCGAGACGAUUGUUCACGCGACUCAACCUAUAUUUGAUACAUGGCCAUGUCGGAAAAAGCAAUGCCGUCAUAUCGCCUACAUGUACAGUUGCGUGUUCCCCCUGUCGUUACCCCAGGGAGCUACUUCUACGGUAACCAUCUAUAUCAACCCCAGCAUCGCAAGUGUUACAUUACCCAUACUGAACGGCGAUGGACUGAAUGGGAAACGUAAGGGCAUGGGGCUAUGUCUGAAAUCAGUCACAGGGAACAUAAACGCAACUAGAAUGGUUGAAUGGAUUGAAAUGAACAAGUUACUAGGGGUCGAUCGUAUCAUCGUCUACAACACUAAUGUUACUUCAAAUGCAAUUGAUGUAUUACAAGACUACGCUGAGCGAGGUGCUGUAGAACUUAUUCCCGAUUUGUUCCCAGAGAAGGUGAAAGCAGAUACAAACUCGUUUCCGGAUGGCAAUUCCCAUCAUUUAGAUUACUAUUGGCUACAACAGCAGGCAUAUCUCGUAGCCUACAAUGAUUGCCUUUACAGGUUCAGGAAGAACUUCAAGUACCUUUUGGUGAUAGAUUAUGACGAGGUUAUUGUUCCCAACAAGCCUACAACAUUAACAAAGCUGAUGGAUAAACUGUUUUUUAUAUACCCAAAUACCAGUGCGUUUUCUUUUAAGUCUGCGCAGCAUUUGACCUACUUUGGAGCAGAAGAUAACACAGCGCCACCUUUUUUGCACAUGAUGCAUUAUCUGCGACGAACGCAGGUGGUAUUCAGCCAGCCGAAGUCCAUAGUCGAUCCUACCAAAGCUUUAUUUAUAAACUGGCACACUGUUGUUAAAAAUAUAGAAACUAAAACCGUCGGUUAUGCGACGAAUAUAUUAAUAGCAGAACACUACAAGUUUGGAUAUGUUCACCAUUACAGAUAUAGGUGUCGCUCUAAUAGUAGAAAGGAAUGUCAGGCCAAACGGAAGGGACAGACAGUUGAUGAAGUGAUGCCGAGGUACAUGAAACAACUGGAUGCCCGUGUGAGGAAAGCACGCAAAAGAUUAGGCCUCGCAUCAUUAUAAAGGAGAUUGUGUUCAUUAAUUCACGUUAUAUUAUUAAGUUAAAGAUGUAUGUUUUGAUUAUUGUUGAAAACCUGUUCAACUUGUUCUUAGCUUGUUCUUUGUUAUAGAUCUAGAUGAUCUAGAUGUAGCUCGUCUGCCAAGGUUUAAUUGAUACUGGCUGUUGUAUUAAUAUCUAACUGUCUUAUUAUAGACGAAAAUAAAUAAUACAUACAGUUCAGUUCAGUAUGCUAGCAGAAUGCUAGUUUAGCCUCCUUACAAAUCUGAUGGUAUAC